CUAUUAAUGACAGGAUUGUUAAAAAUUUCAGUGAUAGGUGAUUAGUGUUGUGUUUUAAGAUGAAAACUUAAAAGUUGUAGAUGAGGGAAAAUGUCAAAUCUUUUGUGAAAGAUUAUUAAAACGUUUUAUACGCAGAGGAAAAAUAAUUAUAAAAUAUAUAUGCUCAAGAAUUUAGCUUUAUUUAAUACGUACAUUGCGAAAUGUUUAUUUUGAAAGAUAUUUUUAAAAUUGGUUCUAGUUCAAGAAGUAAUAAUGCCUCUCAUACGGAAAAUUUGCAUGCGCGAAAACAGGGUAAAAAAGGCAGUGUUUUAGAUAAAGAUGAAUUUAUACUUGAAGAAAGUAAAGAUAAAAGAAUACACGGAUGGUUGAGUCGUGAUUCAAAGAAUAAAAAAAGAAAUUUUAAUGAUGAUUGCGUAAAAAAUAAGGCCUAUGUAAGUACUGAAAACAAGAAAAGUCAGCAUCAAGACUCUAAAAAGAAGCAAUAUGAAGAUUUUAGACAUAUAAAGCGUGAUUAUUUCAAAGAAGGCUCAGUAAAUUUUCGUAAGAUGGAAUUUGAAGAUUUAGAAGGGUUUUAUUGUAAUCACGAAGGAAAUAUCGAUUCUGUCGAAAAUAAUGUACAAAUUAAGUUUCAUAAGGCAGGAGUAAGAAGGGGCAAACUUUACGAAAAUAAUUGUAUUCAUACCAGAAAGGAACUUUUAAAAGAAAAGUUUUAUGACAAUAAUGAAGAAACUUCCGAAACAUCGAACGAAGAUUCUUCUGUCGACGAAGAAGAAUUAACACCAACACCAGAAAGUGUUGAAGAUGAAACUGAAACGGAUUCUGAUAAAUCGUUUUCAAAUUUUUCAGAUUAUUCUUCUACUGCUGUUAUAGUAUACCCAGGCAAAAUCUCUGAAGGUAAAAGCAAUAGUCCGAACAAAAUAAUCCAUAAGAAGAAAAUUCCUCAGUCAGCACAUGAAAAAAAAUUGAAUGAUAAGAAACAUAUGUCUGAGUCAUCGGGAUACAAACGAAAAUAUGUUGUUUACCAUGCAGAGGAAGAAAAUCAAGUACAUUGCGUUUGUCCCCCAAAACGUAUGAGAAACUUGAAAUUUAGUAGCCACAACAUUAAGCAUAAACGUAAAUAUAGCGAUUCCAAUCAUCGUCGACAUAACCAGAGCACAGUUCGGACUUCUUCAACGGAUCCAUUUCGAUACACUCGGGGAAACCCAAAAAUUCCAGCAAACAGAAGAGUGGUAGUAAUUAAACAACCCACUUCUCUUACUAGACCAAAACGGUACGUUGAUAAGGAUUAUACAAAACAUAAAAGAUCCGACUACCUUCUCAUUCCUUCUGGGAAAAGGAAAUUCCAAAGAUCGAGAUUCACAGCAAGCGGUUCGAGAACGGAAAAAAAUCGAAAUCCAAACGACCAAACAUCAUCCUCGUCUGAUAUUAGCAGUGAAAACGGUGCAUGUGUAAAUAAAUACAAUAAUUGCACAGAUAACUUUUUGAAAGAAGAUGUUAGAAAGAGGCGUUCUAAAAAUGAUUUUCUUGUAGAACAUAUAAAGCAAAACAAAACUGAGAGGCAGGGCAACAGAGAAAAUCUGAGUAGUCUCCGAUCAAAACAUCCACAAAAUAUGAACGAUAUAUUAGAUGAAACGCAAAAUCAUCAAGGCAAUCCCCAAAGAAAAAUAGAAGACAUCAUACUAGAACAUCAAAGAACAAUCAAAGAAAAUAAUAAAUUGCCACAUAAAGUACGUAGCACAGCACACACAAAGUCUCCUAAAAGUGUAAAUUUUGCUGAACAGUCAAAUAAAAAAUACGAGACAUUUGAGAACAGAAACGAAUCUCAGGACAGACGUGUGGAGAAAAGAUAUACGAAGAAAAAAAGGCACGAUCGAGACCACAAGAAAUGUUUAGAAUGUCAGCAAGAUAUUUUCGUUGAGAAAGGAAUAGGUGAACCAAAUCACAACAAAAAGGUAACUGAUCCCAAUGAAGAAAAGAAAAUCUUGCAAAAAAUUAUAGACAUUAAUAAAGACGUACGAUUCAAUGAAGAAGUAACAAACUUUAUGAAAAUGAAAAAUACAGGGAAGGAAGCAACUACAGCGAAAGGAUUAAAAGAACUCGAUCGUGGCGAAUUUCAAGAAAAGAAAGAACAAUCUGCAUCAAUUCCCACAACAGCUAACAAAGACAAUUAUGACAAUAAUCGUAAGUUAGACAAAAGCAAAUUAAUUACCAGAAUUAAUCGGCUAAAGAAACCCAUGACUGAUACGAUACAAUCUAGUACAGGGCCACAGUUAAUAGAUGUUGCAGUCGAAAAUGGAAAACCAGGAGGUCGUGCAAGGACUAAAUGUGAUGAACUCAACAAUACCAACAACGAAAUUUCCAAAAAGAAAAAAUUGAAACAAAAUAACGAUACUCUUUUGGAUAAUAUGACAAGCGAUUUUACAACCACUGAAAAGUCAAGUAUGAAGAAGUCUGAGAAACACAAUUCUACUGAUACCCGCCGAAAGGAACCGUUAUCUUACUCCACUAAUGUCGCAGCAACGUAUGUGCUAUUAAAUACAAAAGGAAGUACUAAAAAUAGAUCAUUCAAUAAGCAAGAUGAGUCUUCCUGGGAGUUAUCAGAUACGAAGAGAGAUCGCAAUUUACAGCUGUUCAAGUUGCUCGAAGAAAUGCUUGGUAGACGGAAAGCGAAGCGUUCAAAAUCAAAAAACAUCCAUACCGUUUCUGCAGUGUCUCUAACGGUCACUAAAAAGGAAAGAACAAUUUACAAGGACCUGCAUAAAAACAUUUUAAAGCGCUACCGAGCAAGCACCUCAACAAGUGGUAUGACAUUUUCAAAAACUAACAAACCGAUUAGUAAAAAUUCGGGGACAAAAAAGAAUAAAACUCGCAUUGAUGUUUCCACUAAUAAUAAUAAGAGGCGUAAGAAAAUUACGAAACCGAAGUUGGAAAUAUCUACUCUUCCUGGCAUUGAAAUUUCUCCGUCAACAAUGAGAGUAAUGCAAUACGAAAUUAAUGAAAAAAAUACAGCUUUGGAUAACAAUUGCCAUCUAAAAAUUGAUGAUACAGAAAAUCAAAAAAGUACAACUGAAAAUGAGCAAAAGCAAAUAAUAAGAAAAAGACCUGCAGGAAAGUUCAGAACCUCCAGAAAAAUUGGUAAUAAUAAUCAGAAAUCUGAGUCCGCAGGAGACUUUUCUCUGGAAAUUAAAGAAUCACAUACAGGAUCUUCAAGUGUCCAAAUUCUACCUAAAUCCCAAUCAUGUACUGACACUCAAGUAAAUGAUGAAGAGAAACCGUCAUCUACCGGUAAUAUUUCAAAGGAGAAAAAGCUUUCAGCUAAUUCUUCUCUACUUGUUUUAAACUUGAGCGAUUCGAAAGAUGAUAUUGAAAGUAAGGAAUGGAUUAGUAAUAAGCUUAAAUCAUCUAAAAGUUCAGGAGAAAACAUGAUGAAAACUGGACAAACAGUAAAUGAGUACAAAACAUUUCAAAGAAAACUGUUUAGUACUACAGCAGCUACAAAUAGAAAUCCUUUACUGUAUCCGUCAACAUUUAAAAUAGAAGUAAAGGACAUCUUUCGCCCAGCAACUGUAAUCCAAUCGGAUGUAACUGAAUCAAAAGCUGCAGCCCCUACUACUCCUAGUGGCGACACUCUUCUGCUUACAUUUACCGAUUCAGAAAUUUGGGGCAAUAACUUUAAAGAAGAAAAGAACUUAACAGAAGAAGAACAACGAGAAGAACGUUCAGAUAGCACCGAAAUGAUUGAAAAACUGGAAAACUCCUUACAAAAGAGCAUUGUUCAAGACCUGAAAAACUGCUCAAGACAUUCGGAAAGGAGUCUAUGUUCAUCUCCCGAUUCAACUUUAAAUACUUCAGAAACACAGCGUUGUAUAGAGGAAUGGGAAAACCUUGUCAAACGGAAAGUACUACAACAGCUUCGAAGAAAAGUGUCUACAUACUGUAAACAUGAGAGUAGCACUACAGUUUCGCCAAUUUUGAAUCAAUACUCAAUCUACGCAGAAAAUUUUGUCGAUAAUGAGAAGAUACAAGACAAAAACGAAAUUACCGAUGCAGACUAUGAUGCAAAGAGAAACAUUCCUGCAGAUGUUAUUGGCAAGAGAUCUGAAUUAGAAAAUAAAAACCAAAAGAGCAAGAAAAGAAGUAAUUUAAGCAUGUCUCCUUUAGAAACCGUAUUUGAAGCGGAAGAACAACCCACCGAAGUAAUAGAAGUUGAACUAUUAAAAGAAUCGAGCAGUUUCACUCAAAUGCGCAUAUUUAAAAAUGUGGAAAACGACGCAGACGAAUGUGACUCAAAUUUAAAAGAUUUUGAAGAUAAAAUUUCGAAAUUGAGAAACCUAAAUGAUUUGGAAAAUAUGGAAGAUGAAAUAAACAAUUUCCUUGGAAACUGCUCCUUAAAUUUACAGAUAAGUAUUGAUGACAAUGAAGAACCUUUAGAUGUCAAUUCCAAAAAUAAAGCUUCGAAUGAAGGAGACGAUUUAAGUGAAAAAUUAAUGAAUAUCUAUAGUUUCAACAUGUCCAAAAAUAAUAACAAAGGUCAAGCAGAAGAAACAGUAAAAAAUCCUACCACUAUUCAAUGUGAAUCAAUUACUUCAACGGAAGUUCUUGCUGAACCAAAACCUCUGAAAGAGGAAAAUGCGAACGAAAAUUGUAAAUUAGAAAAAGUAGAAAUAAGCGAAUGUCAGAGUAACUCAGGUGUUCCCGAAGAUACAGGAAAAUACACCGAAAAUAGAACUAAGACAAAAGGCAAUAAAAAAAUUUUCUCUAGAUUACCAGUUUACGUCAAAAAAGUAAAAGAUUUCAAGGGUAGUCUGUUUUCAAAUCCUCACCAAAUCCAAAAAUCUCCUGAACCCUCGAAAGUAACCUCAAUUCAUCCAAUUUCGAAAGAGGUGGAAAACAAAAACGUAGAAAAAUCUACACAAGAUGAAGGUACGACCUGCAAUCUAGUACUAGCCAAAAAAGUGGAUAACACAAUCAAUACUGAAGUACAAGAAAAGAAAGAUCAAACUACGAAUUACGGAACUAAAAUAAUUAAUAAGCAAAACAAAUCGGUUUCUUGCGAUUUUCAGGAAAACACAAAACGCCACCAUGGUCUAUUGCCUAACAAAAGUAAAGUAAAAAAUGUAAUUUCUAACUGUUUAAAAAAAUAUCGCUUAACUAACUUUAACAAGGAACCUAACGUUGCUGAAAACAAAAGUGAAAAACAAAACAAAACAUCAAUUUGCUCAGACAGUUCACAGUUUACAACAAGUACAGAAUCACUGUACUUUGGAGAAAAUUCUGACAUCGAUACGUAUCACUCUAAAACUGAAAAAGAAUGUCAAACAACUUGUAUACAAAGCUUUACCACUAAUGCAACAUAUACAGAUAAGAAUCAAAAACGCAACCCUUUCCCAGACCAAUCACGAUCUUCAAAUUGUAGCGAUUUUACCAACAGUUCUAAAACUAUUGAAAGUGAUUUAUGUGAUUUGUCCACCACAACAUAUUCAACAUUUUAUGAAGUACAUGAUGGUGGUGGUAUGUUACAAUGUGAAGAUGAAGAUACGCCGAACAGAUUAAUUUCGGUGUUAGAUGAAAAGAUCAAAAAGUUGUCUAAACAAAAAAGUAUUACGAAGUGUGAUAAUUCUACAUGCACGGCUGCAAAAGAGUUUAUGAUGACACAAGAAUUGUCCGACGAUGUUUUAUCGUCCUCUGGUCAAUGCGAUUUGAAAACACAAAACAGAAACGUAAUAAAAGACGACCAUAUGCCUAAACAUUACCGCGUAACUAGAAGUUCCUUUACUAAAUUGAAACCCAAAAUUACUUACAAUCUGACAAAGGAAAGCAGUGCGUUCUGCAACUUACGACCAACUUUGAACACUAGGAAAAUAACUUCUCAAAGAUGUCGUUUAAGAAAUAAAGUUGAUAAUAAUAAAUCUCAAAUUACAGAAGAAAUGGACUCAAAAAAUCUUAGUAGUUUUCAGAAACGCAAACUAUACUGGGAAUCUCUAAAAAAAUCAGAAAAGAAAUGUACUUUUGCAAUAAAUACAAAGAAAUCUAAGUAUUUCCUUAUGCUUUCUGGCAAGGACAAGAAAAAAGGAUCCGGCAAGCGAAGGAGCACAUCGUUUUUUGAAAAAGUUUUAAAACCUUCCGAACCUUCAAUAUUCUUUAAACCACUGUCAAAGCCGCUUAAUCAACAAAAACAACAUAAUUAUGAAACGAAAAGUAAGAAUGAUAAAACGAAAUUGAAUCGAUCAAUGUGUCCCAAAAUCAAUACAAUUAAUGUUACGCAACCUUCACAUAAUAAUCCCAAUAACUAUCCUUCACAAUAUGAUAAUCCUUUUAUCGGAUGCAGUAGAUACGUACGAGUCAGACACUCGUCCUCCCUAAUUUCUAUAGCAAAUAAAGCACAAAAAGACCAACAAAAAAGACCCUCAAGUUCGGAAAGUAAAAUCGACAUUUGUAAUGAGCGGCUUCCUACAUUUUACUCUUAUAAUUUUUGUAACGAAGAAUCUAACAAUAAUAAAAAGUUUAAUUGUCAUUCAAACGAUUCGAUAGUGGAAAAUACCGACAGACAAUUGCCAUUCGUACAACAACACGUUGAAGAUUUCAAACUUAUGGAAAGGAAAUCAUCACCAUUUAUGGAUACAGGUUCUCAUACUAAAAACCGAUUGCAUCUUCAUUCACACGAUUACGAUUUCGUUCAAAAUUAUGACAUAUCUGAAAUCUGUAAUGGAAACAUGGAUCACACUUUAGAAAAACAAUUCGUGAACAAGGUGAAAAAAAGAGCAAAAGAACUUUUCAAAAAUUUUAUGGAUGAACUGAAUGCGGAUUCUAUUGCAGUCAACAAGGUAGAAAAAGGCAGCUAUUGUGUUUGCGAAGACAAAAGACAAGAAGCUGUCGAUUUGGAAUCUCUCGCCGAAGAGAUUUAUGACGAUUAUGAAGACCCUAGUACAGAAAGAAGUUUCAGUCAAAAAACGAAAGAUGAAGAAAGUAAUACAGAUAAAGAAAGUGAAACAACAGGAGGUACUUAUUGCAAUAGCAAAAGUAAAAUUUCGACAUUUACUAUUAGCCACAUGGAACAAAUAGGUAAAAAACAUAAAGAAGAACCUUACGAAAUAAUUUCAGCAAAUACGUCUGGAGAUACAAAUGUAACCAGUUUCGAUGAAUACGAAAAUGCAUGCACGGAAUUCUGCUGCGAAUCUGUCCGCCGAUUAAACGGCAAAUUCGACAAAUUUUCACGCAAACCUAUAACACUAGCCAGAGCUGAAAUUACAACUUAUCCAAACUAUAUUUCCCAGUCUGCAAACGUAGACUUUGUUCAACGUUUUAAUAACGAUGGCGACAUAAUAAAAGAAAGUCAGAGCAAUGAAAAUCUAUAUUUAGACAAUAAAAUAAGUAAGAAGCAAGUUUCCGUCAGUAAAGAUAACGAUUGUCCUGGACAAACACUGGAAAGUUCUAACGAAAAAAAGUUUGACGUUGAAUCAUUCAAUGGUGACCUUUAUAAUUCGGAAAGUGAAAUUAACUUCAUACCAUCAGUAGAUGAGACUAUUGAAAGAUCAUCAAAAUCUAUCAACUCCAAAAAAAUAUUAUCUACAAUUGAUUCAAUAUCUUGUGUCGAUAAUCAAAAUUCAUUCGAAAACAAAAAAAAUACAAUGUACAAUUUAAAAACUGUUACAGAAAAAACAAUAGCCCAAAAGUUUGGCGAUACCCCUUCUAUUAUGGAGAAUGCACGUGAUUAUGAUAAUGGCAAAGGAAAACCUAAUGGUAGUACAUUAUCUGUGACUCCUAGUCCAAAUCCCUUAAACCUAUUUAAAUCAAUUAAUCAAAGUAGUCGAUUAAAACAUUGUAAGAGUUACGAUUCUUUUAAUGGAGAAGUAUUUAGACCACCGGGAGGUUCUUAUUUUUCUUCUGACAGCGAAACAGUUAAGCAACAUGUAAUAGAUGUAAGUGAAAAUUGUUCGAGUAACUGCAGUGAAUCCUUUGAUGAAAGUAAUGAAAACGGUUCCGAAACAUCAUCUACAUCACAAACAAACGGUCCUUAUCUCAUUAUUCAAGAUUGUAUUAUCUCUGAUGAAGAUAAAUUUUUGCAAGAUUUUACAGAAACUAGCUCAUUUGCUAGCGACAAUUUUCUUACGAGAAAACAAAACGAAAGUGAUUUAAAAUCGGAUUUUUCGAAUUCGUCAACUACAUUUUCUCAUCACACUGUUCUUUAUGAUAAUAAUGCUUCCAUAGAUGCAGAAAGUAACUCUUCAGGAACAAUUGUAGACAGAGAAACAAUUGAAAUAAACGACAAUAAUGUAACAAACAGUACCAGACAUAUCGCUAAUAAUCCGCGUUAUUGUAAUUUGUUAAAUUCAUUUGAGUUUGAAACAAAUAACUUAAAUGGAGAAGACAAAGAUGACAAUGCAGAAGUCAAGUUAGAUCACAGCAGUAAAACAUAUUUUACAAUAAAAAGCAGAAAGAACAGAAAUAUUAAGCAGUUACCGUCAAGUGAAAAUCAUGAUUACUUUCCCAAUUCCAGAUCAGGCGAUACGAUGAAUGCUACAAAAAUUUAUGAGAGUCCUGCUGACCCACAUUUCAGUUCGAUUCGAAUUUAUCAUGAAAACAUCGUCGCUGAUACUAAUAAGGAAAGACUGCUUCAAGGUGAAUGUUCGACAGUUUAUGGUAAUCAAAACAAUGAAAAUUCAACUACCAGUUUAAAUAUUAACAAAGAAAAUAAUUGUAGCGAUGAAACGGUUCUAGAUGAAUUUCCAAUGACUUUGGCUAGUUACGAAAGUAACCCAAAUCUUUGUUCAAGCCAGAAUCAAAAUCAAGGUUUUGGUAUUAACACAAACAGUGGAACGUCGAAAUUGACUCCAGAAGAAAUGGACAGUGGAUUUGAAAGUACUAAACACAAAACAAACGCCCAAAGAUUGUUAAUAAAAACAGUAAGCACAUCUGACUUGCAAGAUUUAAAUGCUUCUGUCAAUUCCAUUCAAGAAUCGCGUUCUUCUCACAGUAUGUUUGAAAGUGUGUCUUCGUUUAGCCUUACGAAGAAUUUUUUUCACAAUGUUCGAAGAAAAAGUAGCAGAAAAAAGAAUGACAGUUUGACUGCCUUAUCGAGAGCAGUGCAAUUACAAAGACGAAGCAGUGUUUAUUUGAAUCCGAGCUAUCACUGGAAAGAAUUUUGGAAAAAUGUCCAACAAGUAAAGGACAAUCCAAGCAAACAAACAAUGAACGACGAUAUUUCGAAAGGAGACGUGGGAAAAUGUGAAGAAACUUUGACUGAGGAAAAACAUUUAUUUUUCGAUUCUCUAAAACACCUCAAGGAUUUUCAUUUCGAGAACACCUACUUAAGUUACAGUCUUUUUGGAUUGGAUAACUAUCCAAUGAACAAAGGUUCUAAUACGAAAUGUUUUCCGGUUGGAAAUCGCAAUUUUUUAACCUACAACGUGUUCGUUUAUAAUGGAAAAGAAAGAUGUGAUAAAGCAACUCAAACUAGACAAGACGUUUUCUUCAUUCCAUACGUUUCAGUGAUAGCAUUACCUGCUAAUCCAACCAAAUUAAGCCUUGCCCAACAAAAAAAAUUCAGUCCAGGUACUUCAAAAAAUAAUUCUGAAUUAGCUGGUUGUUUUUCUCGUUAUGAGAACAGAAGACCUGUACAUACGAGUUUAAACAAAACGCCCGAAAUAAAUGAAACAACUCAUUCAGAUUUAGAAGAAAUCCGUCACGAAAAACGCCCUUGCAAAAAGAAAAGAACUAAAAAAACGGAAGAGAAUGCUGACCUGUAUGAUACAUUGUCUUUAGAUGAUUCUGGUUGUGGUACAUUUUCUUCCGAGAAAUCCUAUAAAAUACCAAAAAGGCUCAGCAUAGAAACUUUUCAAGGAUACGAAACAUCUCCUCGCGUGAACUUGAAGGACAACUUAGCAUCUAUACAGGAACGUCGAUCCUCGUUUCAAUAUACAGUCACUAAUCCGGUGAAGACAGCUUCCAAUAUGAGUUUUGCAGAUGAAAAUUAUAACGAACCUACUUUAGAUACAAAUAAGUCGCCUCGUUCUAAUAUAGAAGAACAAUUAUCCACGACUAACGAUGAAUAUGAACCUUGUAAAGCUGCAUGCACUUAUCGAAGAAUUCAAAAUAGUAAAAGCAGAAAUGUAAAUGAACCAAUUUCGUCUUCAACCACGGUAAACCGACAUAAUGUUGGCAAGCGAAAGUUACGAAAGAGAAGCAAUAAAAAUCAGGAGAAAAACGAUUUGACUCGUGAUGUAUAUUCAUCUGAUGACAAUGAAGAAAAUUUAAAAUCAAACGAUUAUGAAGAUCAGAAACCGCGCUGCAGUUUAUCAACACAGAGAAAUGUAAGGCAACAAGAUAACAUAAGAUUACAACGACCUUUACUAAAUUUUGUCAAAAAUAAUGACAGUGCAAGCAAAUUAAGGCAAAAUGACAAAAAUAACGACAAGUUUGUAGAACCGAAAGGUGCAAUUAACAGAACUCGAAAUAUUUCGGACAUUAGUAGAAUUCAACAACCUAAGAUUAAUAUUGUUGCGAAAGAUAACAAACAACAAAUAACGAAUACGUUAAAUGAAGGAAAGCCUACAGUCCUCCAAAACAAUGUAAAUAUAGAUAAGGAACCACUGUUAGAUGAAAUUGCCGAAGGUCAUCAUGAGGAAUCACAUUUAAAAGAAAUUAAUAAAAAAGCUCCUGGUAUUGAUAAAGCUAAUAAUGAAAUAGUAAAAGGUGGUGUCGAAAUUGAAGAUGAGCUGGGUCAUGACAUUCAAAACAUAAAUAAGGAACCAUUGUCAAAUGAAAUUGGCGAAAGUCAUCUUCAUCAGCAAUCAAAUUUAAAAGUGAUCAAUGCAAAACCUCCCGGUAUUGAUAAAGCUAAUAAUGAAAUAGUAAAAGGUGGUGUAGAAAUUGAAGAUGAGUUGGGUCGUGACAUUCAAAACAUAAAUAAGGAACCAUUGUCAAAUGAAAUUGGCGAAAGUCAUCUUUAUCAGCAAUCAAAUUUAAAAGUGAUCAAUAAAGAACCUCGCGGUACUCAUAGAGCUAAUACUGAAAUAGUAAAAGGUGGUGUAGAAAUUGAAGAUGAGUUGGGUCGUGACAUUCAAAACAUAAAUAACGAACCAUUGUCAAAUGAAAUUGGCGAAAGUCAUCUUCAUCAGCAAUCAAAUUUAAAAGUGAUCAAUGAAGAACCUCCCGGUACUCAUAAAGCUAAUACUGAAAUAGCAAAAGGUGGUGUAGAAAUUGAAGAUAAGUUGGGUCAUGACAUUCAAAACAUAAAUAAGGGACCAUUGUCAAAUGAAAUUGGCGAAAGUCAUCUUUAUCAGCAAUCAAAUUUAAAAGUAAUCAACGAAGAACCUCCCAGGUCGAAAAAGACAGCAACAUUAACAAAAAUAUCUGACACAAAAGAAGCAAUUCUCCAAAACGAAGUGCAACCUUGUAGCUGCAUGAAGAAGAUGAUGGAAAUUAUCAAUCCGCAGACAUCAGAUGAAAUUAAAAAAAUUCAUAAAUUUUAUGAAAUAGUAGGAUGUUCGUGUGGUUCUAAGAAAGUUGUUAAAGAAUUACCAGAAAGGAAGAUAAAGGCUGAAGAUGAAUUUAGUCAUGAAAAUCAAAACACAAAUACGGACACUGUUUUAGAAGAAGUUGCUGAAGGCCAUCUUAAUGCGCAGCCAAAGUCAGAAGUAAUUGUGGAUGAACCUGCCAAGCUAGGAAGAAGAGCAACACUGGCAAGAGUAUUUGACACAGAUGAACAAACGACCCAGGUAAUUAAUUAUGACGAAACCCUCGACAAAAACAGUAAAAAAAAGGAAGCAUCACAUUGCUUAAUUAGCGAAACGGAAUUAUUAAAACAACAAAAUAAUAAGGAACACCAAUUAAGAAGCAGCUUGACGGAUAAAGAAAUAUUCGAAAAACUUCUAGCAAGUUACGAAAAAGAGGACAAACUAAUACGAGAAUUGUCACGUGAGGACGAUUUUCUCCAGUUUGAAAGUACUUUAGAAGAUAGACACCAAUCUGCCACGAAAUUCGAAGAGCCGAAACACAAUCAUGUUGAAAAAGAAGAAAGUAAGAGCAAAAUCUUUGAUGAAACGAAAAAAAAGAACCGUAUAAGAGAGAAACCGUUAGAACGAAGCAAAAAAGCAAAUUAUAACAGAAGCAGUACUGACGAUAUUGACCGAAAAGAAUCUGGAUCAUUGAAGAUGGAAGAAUUUCAAAUAAUUGAAAGUAACGCGAAUCGCAGACGAGCAAGAUUUUUUGGGAAAAAGAAAACAGAAGCUAAGAAACAAUUAUCUGACAGAAGAAGCAGUAAUUUCUUAACGGAUGACAGAUCAGAGAAAGAAAAAGAAGUCACUAAGGGCAAGAAGUCGAAAAUAACCGAUGGAAUAAGUUUUUCGUCAAAUGAAGACUCAUUGAAAGUUAAAAAGGGAGAUAUAAAACCAAUCACCGAAGAAGAUAUUAUUAAAUCAAAAGAACUAGGUAAAUGCUUUCGCAGAGGUUUCAGACCUGAUAGUACAACACUGUCUGGUGAACCGUGUUUAAGUCUUAGCCCAGAAGAAGAAGAAGCCAGAUUAAACACCCUUGACGCAAAAAAGAAUGGCUUAAUAGAAUUCUCUGAGAGGGGCAGUCCACUGGACUAUUUACUCAGUUUAGGAUUUAGUAUAGAUGAAGCCAGUAAUGCCAUUAAAGAUGAAGAUGUGAAGCAUAGACUGUAUGCUGCAAUUACAGAGGCCAGAAUUUGGGUAAAUCACAUUAAUGCUAAUCAAGGUACUCUAUUAUAUUUGGCUGCAUACAAAACAAAACCAAACACCAUGAGAUACUUUUUGCAAUUAAUAGAAGCGAUCAUCAAUGGGCGAAUUAACGAUGCCGUCAAAUUAGAUGCCUUCAUCAAGUUAUUAGAAAGAGUAGAAGAAGGAGAAAUAUCAAUUGUUAAAAUCUUAGGAUUCGAUCACUUUGAGGAUGAAGUAAACGAAGAAAUAAUUUUGAGAAAGCAGUUGCGACAGUUGUUUGUUACAAUAUUUAAAAUAGCUGGAAAAGAAGCAAAACUGAAAGGAAAGGAAUUAGAUAAGGAUACAAUUGAACUCCUUCGCAUCCUCGCUGCUAGAUACAGGGCUGGUUUGCAUCCCCAUUUAGAAUUAAUCGCAAGAUACAUCGGGCAAGGACUUUUAGUUAACGAAAUACAACUUGAAGCUGCCAUGAUUUACUUAUCAAGAUUGGACACAGCCGAUGUGAAUUUAUCACAAUUUGAAAAGUACUGUUCUAUAACCUGUGGAAAGAACACUAACAAAACUAACUAAAUUGAAGACUUAAAAAAUAAUUGUUACUGUUUUUAGUGACUAUUUGUACUCUUUUAUUAUAGUUUUCAUUCCUACUCUGUUCAUAUGUACAAAUGUAUAUGAUUUUGAUUAGAUAUUAAAGUUUACCACGAGUA